GACAGAUUUUUGCAUUUGUUGGGAAAUGAAUUGUGUGUUUUCUACACUCUAAACCAAGAUGGGACCUUCUAUAUCCAAGAAACUUGCCGCCUCCUUCCUCAUCACAGUGCUGUUAUACUUUUCUGGUGAAGCCAAUGAAAUUCGCCCCUGUUGCAAGGACAGGAGCUGUUCAUGUCGCCUGCAUGACCUCCUCCUUGGUGUGGGCAACCACGGCGCUGGGAUCCUGACUCUGGGGAAACGCAAGGCUGGCCAGCCAAACUUCCGGAGCCACCUCUACCGGCUCCUGCAUGGCUCGAGGGACCAAUCAGAGGGCAUUCUCACCUUGGGAAAGAGAUACAGCAUGGUCCCAGAGAAAUGGUCAUGGUGGCCCAGGGUCACCGUGAAAGACUCAGAACACUUAAAUCUCAGCAGCCAAUCUGUAACUAAGAAAACGGCCGCCCAGCCGGUGGAAAUGGACUCAGAUUCCCUCCUCAGUGUUCCAGAGCUGCUUGCUGCCAUGCCAUAG